CAGCGCGCUGCGGAAGAGCGUCGGCGGCGCGCUUCGAGCCGCACGGCACUUCCGGCUCGAAGUGGUGCGCGUCUGGCCGAGUGCUGACUAAUAUAAUACACUUUCGAAAAUAUGGACGAAGAACCUGAAAGAACUAAGCGAUGGGAAGGAGGCUAUGAGAGAACUUGGGAAAUUCUUAAAGAGGAUGAAUCAGGCUCACUUAAAGCUACAAUAGAAGACAUUCUUUUCAAGGCAAAGAGAAAAAGAGUAUUUGAACAUCAUGGACAAGUCCGACUUGGAAUGAUGCGCCACCUGUAUGUUGUGGUAGAUGGAUCGAGGACAAUGGAAGACCAAGAUUUAAAGCCUAAUAGACUGACAUGUACAUUAAAGUUGUUGGAGUACUUUGUUGAAGAGUAUUUUGACCAAAAUCCUAUCAGUCAGAUUGGAAUAAUUGUAACUAAGAGUAAAAGAGCUGAAAAGCUGACUGAACUCUCAGGAAACCCGAGGAAACACAUAACAUCUUUGAAGAAAGCUGUAGAUAUGACCUGCCAUGGAGAACCAUCUCUUUAUAAUUCCUUAAGCAUGGCCAUGCAGACUCUGAAACACAUGCCUGGACAUACCAGUAGAGAAGUCCUCAUCAUCUUUAGCAGUCUUACAACUUGUGAUCCAUCCAAUAUUUAUGAUCUGAUUAAGACCCUGAAAGCAGCUAAAAUCAGAGUAUCUGUCAUUGGGCUGUCUGCAGAAGUUCGGGUGUGCACUGUGCUCGCACGGGAGACCGGUGGCACAUACCAUGUGAUUUUAGAUGAAAGCCAUUACAAAGAGUUACUGACGCAUCAUGUUAGUCCUCCUCCUGCCAGCUCAAGUUCUGAAUGCUCACUUAUUCGUAUGGGAUUUCCUCAGCAUACCAUUGCUGCUUUGUCUGAUCAAGAUGCGAAGCCUUCUUUCAGCAUGGCGCACCUGGAUAGCAGUUCUGAGCCAGGGCUUACUUUAGGAGGUUAUUUCUGCCCACAGUGUCGGGCAAAGUACUGUGAACUUCCUGUUGAAUGUAAAAUAUGUGGUCUUACUUUGGUCUCUGCUCCCCAUUUGGCUCGUUCUUACCAUCAUUUAUUUCCCUUGGAUGCUUUUCAAGAAAUUGCACUAGAAGAAUAUAAAGGAGAGAGAUUUUGUUAUGGAUGUCAGGGGCAACUCAAGGACCAACAUGUCUAUGUUUGCACUGUGUGCCAGAAUGUAUUCUGUGUAGACUGUGAUGUUUUUGUUCAUGACUCUCUCCACUGUUGUCCUGGCUGUAUUCAUAAGAUUCCAACUCCUUCAGGUGUUUGAUUCCAGUGUGAGUAUACAUUGUGUGUUAAAAAGAAAAUUGGUGCUGGGCAUGGUGGUGUACACCUCUAAGCCCAGCUCUCAGGAGGCUGAG